AUGGCAAGGCACUUCAAAGCAGCGCGAGUCUUCCGGACUGCGCAAAAGAAUCUCGCAGUCCGGACAGUCGCAAGCGUCGAGGAAGUACCACCACCAUGGCUGAAGGUUGUCGAAUCCAUACCGCCGUCAGAGAUCCUCACGAGGCCGUAUCCUGUACAGCACCAGCCUCUGAACCCGCGUGCGCGAAAACCGAAGAACAUCUUCAAGCCGCAACAGAUCACCUUCGAAGAGGACGAAUACCGCCGAACCUUUUUCAGAGACCACCCGUGGGAGCUUGCCCGGCCCAGGAUGGUUAUCGAGAUGGAUGGAAAAGAUGCAAGGAGGUGUGAUUGGAGCAAGGGACUUCGGCAGCCUGGAAUUCCGCUGACCGGAGAGAGUGUUGUGCAACGACAACUCUGGCUGAUGCACAAUGUCCCCGAUAUCACGAAAGAACAGGCCUACGAUGCAGUUCGGCGAGAAUUCUACGCCUUGAGGCAAGAGGAAGAAGUGGAGAGGAGAAUCGCCCAGGAAGAGGCUCGCAUGGUGGGCGCCUACUUCGGCAAAUCAGCUAUGCAAGUAGGCAUGGAGCUUGAGGACGCGCAAUUCGAGAAGUGGAAAUCAUGGGCGGCAACUCAGACAGAGAAGAUCGAGGCCGAACGUACCGCAGCCUACACAUCCUUUGGUGACCAGGCUGAGACGCCAGAUGUGGUUGCUGAGGAGCAGGUUGUGUAG